AUGGCAAAUCUUUCAGACUAUUCUAUUCUGUCUUUCGAUGUUUAUGGCACACUGAUUGACUGGGAGGCUGGGAUUAUUGCGGCCGUACAACCUGCUCUGGAUAAAGCUGGCUUGAAAUACCCAAACCAGCAUGUUCUUUCCGUGUACCAACCGCUUGAAAAGGAGCAGCAGGCGAAGAUCCCGGAUAUGGCAUACUCCAAGCUCUUAGCCACCAUAUUCCCUACCCUGUCUCAUAACCUUGGACUGCCGAAGCCAUCCGAGGACGAGUGCCGUAUUUUUGGAGACUCAGUGGGUUACUGGCCCGCUUUCCCAGACACUAUCGACGCCUUGAAACGCCUGUCGAAGCAUUACAAGCUCGGAGUUCUCUCAAACGUGGACAAAGAAUCUUUCUCAAAAUCGAACGCUGGAAGUCUCGGGGGGUUCCCAUUUGACCUUGUCAUUACUGCCCAGGACGUAGGCUCCUACAAGCCUGAUCUUCGCAACUUUGAUGCCAUGAUGAAAAGGGUUAAAAACGAAUUUAAUAUCGAGCCUCACCAAAUUUUACAAACAGCCCAGAGCCAAUUUCAUGACCAUCAUCCGGCAAAGAAAAUUGGCCUGAAAUCGGUAUGGAUCGAGCGUCCGGGUGCUGCGAUGGGGAACCUUGAGGAGACUGUCUAUGAUUGGAAAUUCGACACCUUGGGUGACAUGGCGGAUGCAUUGGAGAAGGAAAAAUUGAGGAAAUAA